CUUUUACGACACUUUGCGUCAUCCAGCCCGGUAAAUCUUUCAAUAGUUGAACGGGCGCAAAUCUGCUACUGGGCAGGGGAUGAAGGCAGCGGGUGGAUGGUGUCCUUUCUGCUGAAGUGUAGGUUGUUCAGUAUGAGUGCCUGGGAGCCUGGCAAGGUGCAGGGGAUACCCACCGUGCCCCUCUCCAAUGGCUUAAACAUCCCUGUGCUGGGGCUGGGAACAUCACAUCAUGGUGGUUACUCUCAUGAUGCUGUGGUGUAUGCACUACAAAAAUGUGGCAUUCGUCAUAUUGACACAGCAAAGAGAUAUGGUUGUGAAUCACUCCUGCAGAAGGCUAUCAAAGAGAGUGGUAUCAAACGUGAAGAUCUCUGGAUAACUACCAAGCUCUGGCAUAUGGAUUAUGGCUAUGAGAAAGCCAAGCAUGCCUUUUUAGAAUCCUGCAAGAGACUUGGAGUUGAAUACUUAGAUCUUUUUUUGGUGCAUUGGCCUGAUGCACACAUCCCUGGCAAAAGCAGUCGAGAAGUCAGAGCAGAAACUUGGACAGCUAUGGAAGAGCUGUAUGAAAAAGGCUUAUGCCAUUCUAUUGGAGUAAGCAACUUUCUCAUUGACCAUUUGGAGCAGUUAAGGGAAGACUGCCAGAUAUCGCCUCAUGUGAAUCAGGUUGAAUACCACCCUUUUCAAAGGCCCCAAGAACUAGUGGAUUACUGCCGGAGCAGAAGUAUUGUUUUCGAAGGUUACUGCCCGCUUGCUAAAGGCAAAGCCCUUAGUCAUCCUAAUAUAAUUCAGCUUGCAAAGAAAUAUGGAAGAACACCUGCACAGAUCUGUAUUUGCUGGAGCAUACAGAAUGGCAUUGUUACUAUUCCAAAAUCUACAAAACUGGAGAGGGUCCAGGAAAAUUGCCAGGUCUUUGAUUUCAAUCUGGAAAAUGAAGACAUGAAAUUUUUAGACUCCAUGAACAUCAACAGAAAACUGAUUCACCUCACCUACCCAUUGUGGAAGGGAUAACCUUAAACAAUAUACUUCCAAGUGUCAGUUACUCAAACCAUGAUCUAUGAACUGUCUCAAGCCUUUCUCCUGCUUAAUGUAUUCAGAGUUGCAGAAAGAAACACAUGAUCAUUGAAUACUGCAUGCACAAAUUUCCCAUUCUCUUAUUAACAAACAAAUUAUUUAGGUAAUCCAAUGUUCUCAUCUCCAGAUCUCACUAAAAUACCAUUUUGGAAACUUGUGAGUCAUUCAUCAGUCCUGCCAGAUCUGAAACAAAUUGCUGAAUCAAAAUUAUAUUGCUGAAAACUGAAGGCCUUGUACAUUGCGGCUUUCUGAGGCAGGUGGAGUUUGCUAUUGAAAAUUAGCAAGUCUGUUUUAUUUAAAUUCUUGGUUUUUGCAGAAAAGUAACAACAUAAUUUCAGAACCAGAUGCUAUUAAACCACUGCAAUUUAAUUUCAUGGGUAGCAAAAGGAUUCAAAUCAAUAAAGUUGGUUUCAUGGAAA